UAAUGGCGGCGGAAGCUGGUUGUCUUAAGCGUCAAUAGCCUGUUGUGUUUCGAAAAUUCACUACGGUUACUUCGAGUUUUUUGUAAAAUUAAAUCAAAAUUGUGUCAAUGGUUGAAAUGGCGGAGAGCCCAAGGGCUCUCGGGGUGCAAGAAGAAAAAGAUCUGAAAAAGUUCUUAAAAUUUCUUUCGCUGAAGGUAGGUACACGUCAAAACCUUACGUGUCCUUUGCCAUAAUAUGAUGCAGAUGUCUUUAGCUUGUCUUAAAAUUCGCGUGUGUUGGCUUAUAGGCUAGCAAAGGCUUUCCAAGGAAGAAUAUCUAAUAUGCAAUUUGUAGCAGUUCCGGCAAUGUUAUAGCUUCCAAAUGAUGUUGUUAUACAAUUGAAUCUAGGAAAACUCACAGACUUUAGAGAAUCUUUAUAGUUCAAGAAGGCAAAUGCGGAUGCCAUUAAUUAUAAAUCCAACGUAUGUAUUGCAUAUAGCAAAGAAUGGAAUAUGUGCUAAACUGUGCGUAUUUAUUUUCGCAGCAAAAUGCUUGAAAUAUAUGAUGUUACGAAAACAGUUCAUGACAGUUGCAGGAUGUUUACGUAUUAGUGUCCCAUGACGUUUGCAUUAAUUUUGUCAUAAAUGCAUAUUAUGCGGUUUUACGGCAGUUCAAUUUUUUUUCCGGGUAAUCAUAUGAAGUCUAUCAAUUUCAGCAAGUUGCAAAGCUCAAUAUCUUAAGGGAAAUUGUAGCCAUUUAAAACUGCAAAAUUGAGUGACCAAAACGUUAAUUAAUGAGCCAUGCAUUCUUUGUAGAAUUUAUGGGAAAAGGAAUUUAUCUUAAGCUAUUCAAUUUAUCAGGCUCAAAUGUUCAGAGAGUGCUAAUAUUGCUGUACAAGGUUUUUGUCCACUGAAAAUGAAAAUUACUCAAUUUCCUGAUGGAUUUAGUCUCAUUACCUUGAUCGUAGAGUGAUAUUAAGCAUAGAUUACUGAUAAGGCAAAAAAAAAGAUGUAAACAAAGAUUUUUCUAUAGGGACAAUAAUCAAAACCCCAAAAAAUCCUUUGUGUUGGAAGGAAAGUCCCCAAAAAGCCAAAACCCCAGUUUCUAUUUUUCAAACAGUAACAUUUAGUAUUAAUGUUUGAAAUCUGCAAUCCUGGUUUCAUCUUCCCACUCCCCCCUAAAAAACAAUUGCCAGAAAACAUCUUUGCCUCCAAAAUCCCAGAUUGGGGAAAAUCAAAAUAUAAAAGGUCCCUUGAUAAUGAAAGUAUCCCCUUUCCUCAGGGUCAAAAUGCUAGAUGUAUAAUAACCUGCAAUUCCUAUGAUCAGAUUACUCUUGCUAUGUAUGUGCACAGUGAUAUUUUGUUACAAUUAGUUAGACUGAGUCCUCGGACUCAUCUCGUGAAAAAUCUUGAGUCCCAGUCCACCAGACUGAAUUGACAAUAGCAGUCUUGGAUUACAUCCUUGAAAUUUGUACUGUAGUCGAUUAAUAAAGAUAAAUCAAUACAUUUAGCUGCCAAUAAACUGUAGAUUAGACCGAUAUCCGGGCUUAUGAUUGUUAUCCAUGAUCAGAGUUCAUCUAAAAGUCGUGCAUGAAGUACAGCAGAGAUUCCUUAGCUUCCUUAACAACAUGGAACUUUAUCACUGUACACAGUAACAGUGUUCUCUCUAAAUUUUUGUUCUGCAGGUAAGGGACCGUUCAUAGGCAGUAAUGUAUGCCAGAAGCGCACUUUGCUGGGGAAGGGAGGUAGUGGCGUGGCCAUGGGGGACGUGGCUUUGACCUUGCUGUGAAAUUUAGGAGCUAAGUUCUCUGAAAUGUCAUUCCCUCAUUUAAAACCUAUUUUACGUAAAUCAGCCGUUGUUAUUUUUAGACAACACUAAAAAACGUUUGAUUCCAAUAAUAUUACACUAUCUUCAAUGCUCUAGAAAAGCUGUGUGUACUUUAGUACACUUCCAUAUAUUCGUUGAUUACCUUGAUCAGAUCAGAUCACAACUUACGUAUUUUUUAAAGCAACUUAUUUAAUUUUAGUAAACCUUCAAGCGGUUGCAGGCAGUAAGAAGUGUUGCUUCAGACGGUAAAUUUUACCGGUUACCGCCUGAUAAGGAGAACACUGACAGUAACCAUUGAAUGUUAAUCGUUGACAAACAUUGCACAGUUUUUACAUACCUCUAGUAAGCGGACACCCUCUGUUAAGCAGACACUUGGGAAGGUCCCAAAGGUGUCUGCUUAAUAGAGGUUUCACUGUAUAUUUUUUCCAGCUUACAUAAUAAAUGAUUCUUUCACUUCACCGUCCAUUCUUUCCUAUACUUGUUUUAGGCUGUACAAGUUAUCGUUCAGUCACGUCUUGGAGAAAAGAUCCAUACAAAGUCCAAACCCAAUUCCAUGGGACAAGACUGGGUAAGAUACCAGGGCUAAUGUCAAGUUGCUGGGUAAAUGAUGCAAGUAGGCAGGGAUUUAAACAGCUGUUGAUUUUGAUUGGUUCUGUUUUUCUUCUAUUUUCCUACAAAAGUAGGCAGGGGUCACAUUCAUAAUGGCCAGGGGAUUAAAUCCCCAGCCCCCAACCCUUAAUGACAGCCAGGCUGAGAUGCUGUACAUUGUGUCUUACAUUUAGUUUUACUGAAAAUUUUAAUACAGUGGAACGUACAUGUGUGACGACCUCUUGGGAAGUGGAUCUGUAAGGGUGGUUACAGGUGUUUCAGUUGGGGGCUCAGUACACCCACUUUACUUGGAUUAAUUUUUACAAACAAUCAAAAAAGGAAAAAUCCAACUGUUAGUGUGAGAAGGAUAUGGAGAAAAUAAAAAGGAUUGUUUCCAUCAACAUAUUUUCAUGGCAGGUACUAUUUUUUAUCUUUAAUGAGAGAAAGAGAUAGAAAAUGAGACAUAGGCCGAUCAUAGAAUGCAACAAAUUUGAAUUUGGAUUUGAUUUCUGUUAAUAAUGAAUCCACUUAUGGAAUGUGGAUUCUUGGUCAUUGUAAUCUGUGUUUGUAUUUUUGUUAAGAAAAUUAUGCAAACUCUAAUUUUGGAUCAUCUUAUUGCUGUGAGUAACCAUAACUGUAUUUUCCCUUACAAGGUAAUUUAUGUUAAAUGUAAAUUCUUUUCAGUUCAAUCUCGCUGUAAAUGAUCAUCCUGAUGUUGCUGCAGAAGUUAAGAAAGUGACAAGUGGUAGACUUCCCUCCAAAGAAAAUCCCAUGUGUGUAGAGAUAUCUUUAAAAACCAACGAGGUAAUUAAUACGCGGCAAGCCUUGCCGUAGCAAUAACUUAUAACAACAACACUAAUAAUAUUUGAUAAAUUGUGUCAUAAAAAAGUUCUAAAUAACUCAAAUUAAUCUUAAGUAGCGUCAGAAUGCUGCUUAAAUUCAUAUUUUGCUGCUUGGAAAUUUUGGUGUAGUUCCCUUCUUGAGAUCCUGAAAACUCUCCUGUUUUCUCACCAUUUUUUUUCCAUGAAUUAUACUCUAACCAUACCUUUUGAACAACCAGUCAUCUGCGAAAAAUCAUUCUUUUGUGAUAAAAGAUUGCUGAUGAUAAUGGGGAACAUCUUUAGAACCCUAUUGUAAGUGUAGGAACUUGUUGCUUAUAUUUUGUACUCCUUGCUUGUUUAGGGAGAAUCUAUGGUUUUAGAGACUUGGUGCCUUGGUAUGAAUGACAGGGUUGAUUCAAAUGCCAAAGUGACAUACACAGUUUACAACAGAAUUGGAAUGCUACUCAAAUCUCUUGUGUCUGUCACAAGAGUGACACCUGCUUAUCAGUUGUCACGGAAACAAGGGACGGAUUUUAUGAUGUGCUACAAGUAAGAUAUAAAAAAGUGAUAAUAUUAUUUCGUAAGUAAACUCUGUUGUUCGGUUAAAGAAGCCAGCAUUCAAGAAUUUUCUUUGUUUCCUAGCUCUAAUGUCUCAAGGCCCCUUAUCCAGUGGGUUAUCUGGUCGUUGGGUUCCAUGCAAGCCUUGCUUGCUUUUCCCUGCCCAUCUUUUCCCACCAAAGCCUUGUGUUUUUUUGUGUGUGUGAUUGAACAUUCUGAUUUAACAUUAAAAAUGUUGGCAAGCAAUAACGUGUUAACCUGCAGAUCACGCCCAAUAUAUGUAUGUAUGCCUUCUCAGUCAGUAAUUUCUUUUGUCAUUACCCCCUCCCCCACUCUCCCAUUAUCUGAGGCUUCCUUAGGUUGCUUGUAUUUUUACAGUUCCAACUUUCCUCUUCAUUGCUUGUAAGUUUAACUGUGUUUAGGUGGUGUUUUAUUUUAAAUUUACGGCAGGGAAUUGCUUCCUUCAGCAUCCAUCCAGCCUUGUGCUGAAGUCAGGGGAUUAUGGGAAUUCUGCUGGUCAAGGACGUACAUGUUACCCCAGCCACAUAGAUGUGUGAACCAUGCUUCCUUGCAGUAUAGGCAUGAGGCAUCCCCUCUGCAUUGCUCCAUGUGCCUAUGUAGGCCCCUCAUUCAGUCAGUGGUUUCUAUCCAAGCCUUGAUGGCUUUUGUUCCCUUCUUAACUAUGCCCACCAAAGCCUUGUGUAUUGUGUUUUUUCUUUGUAGUGCAUGUACAGUAAUGGCUAACAUGAUUAUUUUUUGCCAUCAUCAUGCUCUCUCAGGGUAUAUUUUGGUCAAGUCAGCUUUCAAGAGCUUGGAGAAGGUCAGUUUCAGCAUCUAGUGUCACAGAACUGAGUAAAUGAAUGCUUAAAGAAGGAAAAACAGAAAAUAAAUUAAAGAUCUUUUAUACUGAUCAUUUAAUGAACAUUUAUAGCCUCUUAGCCAAAGAACAAAAGAAAUCUAAACAAUUUUCCUGGCACAAGGGACAUAAAGGUCUAAGCAAGUUUGAGGUGAACUAGAGAACUUGCUUCUGGAAUAUUUUCUUUUUUAAUUUGAGUUGAUCGCUGCAUCUGAUAAUAUGUAAAACCUGACUGGAGAUUUAAAUGACUGGAAAGAAACACGAACUUGGGGCAUGUGGAUUUCAUGGCCAGGAUUGACCCUUAUCUCCGGGGCAUCGUGACUCCCUAGGCAAAGGGGAUUGUUUCCGGGAAAUUAUGUAAUAAGUAUGGAAUUGCUUGGUUGGUCAUAAGUAUCAACACAGAGUUUGAGGGACAACAAGAGUAUAAGGAGAGUUUAGGAAGCUGGAGUUUGUUAUUAUGAGCGACCGCUCGAAAUGUCACAAAGUACUUCCUUGGAAAACAUAAUUAUUUUGCUAUUAAGUUUUUGAAAUGUUGUAAAGGAAAGUUGAAAGUUGCAGACAGAGAUGUUACAACAUGAAUUUGCAUUUUGUUGCCUGCUUCAACACUUUUCUUUGCUUGGCAUUGCAUUACUUCAUAAAACUUAAUUGUCUCGUAUAAAUUUGACCAAUUUGCUCUGACUAAAUGAAUAAUAUUACAGGUUUCCAAUCACUGAGAGUUGGAUCAAUUGGUACGCCUGUGGGAUCCAUAACUCUAUCUGCUGCUUACAGAACAAGAUUGACUUUGCCAGAGAGGUAAAUACUAAAUUAUCGUUUCCUAUUUAUCUUGCUGUAUUGCAAAUAGUCCUUCUUCACUUAGUGCCAUGUGCCAUGUUUUACUCAUGAUGGUAGUAGUGGUAGUAUUAGUAGUAGUGAACUUUAUUAACAUGUCAAGAAUCUCUAGCGCAUAGCACUAGUUGGUGGCACAAAAAUAAAAAUCAAAUAAAUAAAUAAAAAUCAAAUAUUAAAAUAGUGUUAAAUUAAUGUUAAGAUAGAAAUGCAAAUUGUAAAAUCUAGGGAGGUUAAAAAUUUAAACCUAUUUACACAUAAAAAGAUGUAUGUACAUGAUAACAGGAUAAAAAUUUGGCUUUGUAACAAAGGGUCUUAAAGUUAAUUAUUACAAAGCAUGCAAUUUCUACAGCCAUCCUCGAUUAAGGCAGUCAGGUCUGUUCUCCUAAGUUUAGUCUUAAAUGGUAUUAAUUAAUGUCUCCAAUGCAGGUUUAUGAGAUUCCACCACUAAAAAAGGUUAAUUUGGUGCACCCUACGCUACUGAUGUAGCCCCUGAACAACUUAGUCACUUAACAUUGUAGACUAAAAGAAAAGUACACAAUCUUUGGCAGUAAAUGGGACUAACGGUUGUUCGGUGCACCCUGAGGUAAAAGCAGGGGUGGCAGCAACUCACCCCAUAAAGUGCAUGCAACAAGGGUGGCAGCAACACACCCUUAACUGGGUAAUGCAAUGAGGGUGGUGCCAACACACCCCAGUAAUAAUAUGUAAUGGAAUAUGGGUGGCAACACACCCUCUUGAAAGUCAAGAAUGCUGAUUAAAAUUUUUUUACAUAAUUUCUUCAGACAGCAGGUCAUGGUCCAGAGUAACCAUUUUAGUUCCGAGUUAGUAAAGAUGUCUCCGGAUCAGUUGGAUGGUGUGUUGCCUUGUGUGCCAGGUGGACAUGGAAUGUUUGACUUGUCUGCUGAAGCUAGGUGUGGCAUAGUAAUUUACCAUUAACCGCAUGUAAAAUCUUUAGUCAUUAUUAAAAUUGAACGAAUGCCAUGAAAUCACCCGUGAAGUCAUCCUGAUCAGCUCUCUGGAAAAAGGUUGUAAAAGCAGGUCCUUGUUUUGUUGGUCUUAAACUAAUUAAGUGGAGGAAAAGACAUUUCCACUCACAGGUUAACAGUUACAUGUAGGUGGUAAGGCAAGAGCGGAGAUGCAUUCAUGGUGCAGUUCUUACAUUUGACGGAGAUUCCUUGUUUUCAAACUCAUUAUUAUAGAUUACCUUUACUAAAAAACAACAAAAAAUAAAAAUUAAACUAAGGACAGAAUUGAAUCACAAGUUAUUUUUACCAUGAGUUAGAGAACUGAACUAAAGUGUGAAAACAGUGGCCAACUUUACUCUACCACAGUUCUCAGCAACCAACAGGAAAGCUAAUAAGCGUCUGUAAGUUCUUUAUUGUGUACAUAACGUAAAACCUAGUUUGCAGAAGAACUGUUUGAAUACAUACUGGUGUGACGGUGGUUGUCUUUGUUAUAGUCACCUGUGCUUUCAUUUUUAGGCAUCAUAUUGCAGAGCAGAUAGCCAAUGCAACGGAAACUGAAGUGACUCAAUGUGCAACAGUCUCUUCAAAUACCCCACCAUCUGCAGCUCACAGACUCAGGGCAGCAUCUCCACCUCCUGGGUUGAGACGGGUCUCUCAAGAAAAUCAUAGCGCCAUACAACAGAAGAUUGACAGGUGAGCCUUGUUAAACCUCUUCUUUUAAUUAAAAUAGCUCCUUAGCAACCAUAUCAAGGUCAAAUGUAAAUCUUCGGCAACUCGAAUACUGUACUCUCAUAUGGGACCCUUAUGAGAAGGGUGACAUUUUGUCACUGAAGACGUUGCAACGUAAUUUCGUACCCAGAUCUCUUGUUGACGAAGCCUUCAGCUUUGAAAAUAAGAAAUCUGUGUACGACAUUAAGUACAACGGCGAACAGAACGCAUUGCUACAGGUGAGAUGUACAGAUCUCUUGUCAACGAAGCCGAAAAGAGAUCGGGGUACAAGAUUAGGUUUUUGGUACGGUUCUUUACGACGUGAAAUUUCUCAACGUAGUCUAUACAUGAUGAUAAUUUAGUCUUUGUCUUUGGAAACUGUAUACCUUCCUCAAGAAUUCAACUCCAAGCCCCGGUUGUUCAAACGUUGGAUAGCACUAUCCAUCGGAUGAAUCACUAUCCCGUGGAUAAAUAUUAGGGAAACCAAUUUCGCUAUCCAGUGGAGUAGUGGAUAGUACUAACCACCUUUUGAACAAAGGACGUUUCGCCAGCGUUUGACAAAUUGAGCGAGUUGGAGUGAAGACGAAGAAUUUUGAAACAGCGCGAAUUCAUAGUGACUUUGCCACCGUCACCGUCGUUGUUGGUUAAUCUCUCUCACUGUUUGGCCUUUAACUCUACGCGCACAGGUUCAACUGCCACGCACUGCUCCACUGCUUAGCCUUUUAGUUCAGAUGCUAUAGCAACAUUGAUCGUAGGUACCACCAUAUGGUUAGAGAUUUGUGCUAUUUUCUUGCGUGGAUCUAUUUUCAUGCUAGACUUUAAAUAGGACGAAUGCUUAGGUGGAGCUUUAUUGGAUUUUAUGGUGCUGCAGACGAGAUAGGAUUGCCUGUUCCAGGCGUUCAGAUAGUAGAGCGCGGGAGAAAAAUUCACGAAGAAAAAAAAACGAGGGGAGACCCCCCAUUUCCCCCUCCCCCAUUUUCCCCGUCUAUCUGAACGCCUGGAACAGGCUAAGAUAGGACUGGACACGAUUUGCACUACCGCAUGGACAUGACAUUUUUACCUUUGAUCUGAUCUUGUAUAUAGAAUAGAAUAGAAUAGAAUAGAAUAGAAAACUUUAUUAAUGUGUCGGAGCCGUAUAGCUUGGGAACAAUCCCAUACUAAUUUGGGGACACAAUUUAUAAUAUUUGCAAUUAAAUAUUAAAUAUUAUAUAUCUUGCAAAAGAACUGUUGUCGAAUAUUUUAAGGAGUUUAUCUUCUACGGACUAAAGGGUACCUCAACAGUUUUAAUAAGGAGUUUCGUCAUUUACAGCAUGUGUACUAAAAGUAACCCUCUUUUUGAUAUUUUGAACAGACAAAGAACUUUCUGUAAGCCAAUCAACUGUGCGCAGAUUCGAACCAAGGGAGCUUUUGUCAGCAGUGCAGACACUUCUGAAAUGGUAAGUUCGGACGUUUCAUCGUUACCAGGCCUCCCUCCUUUCUUUUACUUAGCGCGCGUCGUGUUUUGGAAUGUAACACAGGCGUAUUUUUUGAGCGGGCGACAGCUGCUUGUUCAUGUUCGUUCGUAAUGCCGUGGUUGUCAUGGAAGAUUGGGGACAGUAGCAAAAAGGCUGUCUGGAAGAUUGGGAUUGUAGAAACAGCAGCUUUGCGCUAGGCGUUAAGGCGAACCUCGACUUUUUUAUAAUUCAACAUGGUGCCGGGUUACGUCAGGCGUCGAAAAGGGAGGGGGAAAGGGGAAGAGGAGGGGGAUUCCAUUGUUUCUCCCCUUCUCCCUUCCCUCACCUCCCCUUUCUUUUCACCUUUCUCGCAGGCUAGUCGGACGUCCCGGUUUUUGUAUCCUUCCCAUGACGCACUGCGCUUUUCCGAUUUUCCGGGCCACAGUGAUGCAAAACAGGGAUUCUCGUUGCUUUUUUCACUGUACUUUUUGAACGUGAUACAUGUCCCAUAACCUUUUCAUUUUUUCCUGACGUGUUCCCUCUGUUUACAGUCCAUGCUGCCAAACCUGUCAGCUACUCCACCUUUUGCAACACUAUUACGGAAAGACGAAGACAGCAAACCCAGCUGUUUACCUCCAGAUAGUAACCUCAAAAAUUCUCUAACGAUGCUUACUAGAAAGGUAUGUAACACUUUUCCUCGGAAAGCGCGCAACAGGUACUGAACAUCAACAAACACUGCAAGUACACGACGUCGAGAUAACUGAAACUGUCUGAACAGAGAACAAUUUGUAUUACCACAUUGAUUUCGGUGUAGUCGAAGCUUGAGAAAUCAUGAAGCUAAGAAAUGGAGGCUUUCCCUGUGGUGUCAAUGUUGUUUCCAUUAUCAGUAUUGUAGUGUUGUCAAGGAUAUCUGCCACUUUAAAAACACUGCAAUACAUUUGUCUCGUGCUUUGUCACUGCAUGAGAACGCUGUUCAUGUCUUAGUGUAUGUACUGAAAUUUCUGUACCAAAGAGAACGAAACCUCCCCUUUUCUCUGGAAUUAUUUGCUACCACCCAGUGUAAUCUCUAUUUCAGUGAAACGCGCACAAACCUUCAGGUAAAGAGCUUAUUUGGUUUCUGUAUUAUGAUAUUGCAGGAUAGUUCAUCGGAUAAAUUAGAAAGUAGACGGCCAUCAACAGUUCCUCCUCCUACACCCAGUCAGCUGGGUUGGGAUGAUGACUUUGUCAUGGUAGAACUGGUUAGUAAUAAAACGUGCCCUAAGCAUACAUUUUUGAAUACAGAGGUUUAGAUAGUGACUAUUGAAAGUCAUUGAACGGGUGCUAAUUGAUCACAUUCAUCUUAGAGGUUGAUAACGAUUUUGUCAGAUAAGAAUGAUUAGCUCGGUCGGUAGAGCACUUGACUGCAGAGCGGGAGGUUGCAGGCUCGAUGCUCGGGGCCGGACCAAUACUCAAGAUCUUAAAAUAACUGAGAAAUGAAGGACUUCACCCUGAAAACGGCGAGACCUUCGCGUGGCACGGAUGACCAUGUAAAAUGGUAGUCCCAUCUCUAUUAGUGUCCUCAAUUAGUACUUUUGUGCUAAAGACGUUGACUCUUAAAUGAAGUGCUUUUAUUAUACAGCUAUUUCGAGAAAGGCUGUCGAAAAAAAUGUGCACUCGACCAUCCCGAAAGGUAAUAUGGGAUAUGAUCAAUACACUGUUCCUGACACUGUAGCUGUCGAGCCUACUUUUGUUGCUUUCCUUUAACAUUCGCAAACGUACGUCCAUGACCUCUCGCACCAUUCUUACAAAUUUCUCUGAAGAACAGUCAACUGAAAGCCACCCACAAUAGACACAAUACUUUCGCCGGAUUGUCGCGUGCCGUUUUUCUGACAGCCUUUCUCGAAACAGCUUGUAUACUGCGCCAUGAAAACCACCUUUUAUAAACAGCAUUACUGCUGGUACCAUAGAAAGUGCUGCUCCCGCAGUUGUAAAAAGAGCUAAGAAAAGUCUUAGUUUUAUUCUCAAAGACUGGUUCAGUCAAUUCGUUGCAAUGCAAAUUGAUAUCUGCUACGGCAGAUUGUCACAAAAAGAAACCAAAUUUCAGCUGUCAAGGUCUUGAGGGGAGGGGACGGUUGUACAGAGGCUUUCACUGGUCAGAACUGAUCAAUAAUGUUAAAUUUACAACCUUUCAUAGCGCUUGACACCAGAUGCCUAUUUUUGCUUUUUAGAAGUUUUCAGUUUUAUUGCCCAUUUUGGGGCUGUUGCGCGUGAGAGCUCCGGGUUGGUGUUGUGUCGCAUUGCACUAUGGGAAUGUUUUGGGGGCGCCAACACUUCUGUUAUUGGCUAGUUCAAAGAUACGCGGGAAACUGUGUCAAAACUCGUCCCGCACUGAAAACAGUCCUAUGAUGCAAUUCGAUCCUUUACCGACCCAGUCUCCAGGGCAACUUCAAAUAGCCCACGUUCAAAAUGUAAAAUUCUAACAUGACUCCGAGGCUUUCUGACCAUUUUUCUAUAUUUGGUCUGGCUUUCUUUGUAUUCAAGUCUCUUGAAAAUUGCGAGACAAUGGAGUCGUGAAAAAUUUGCAAUUUUGACCCUAAACAGGCCUAAAGCCUCUGAGUCAUGUUAGAUUUUUUAUACAUAUAUAUCGAAUGUGUGCAAUUGUCUAGGUGUUAGAUGUUUUCAUGCCUAGUUCCCCUUUUUUUUACCAGAAACCAGCGUUUGCAUCGCACUCAGGAACAUCAGCAGGUGAUCUCGGUAGCUUCUUUCGUGAAUGCCAGGCUGCUCCGCCACUGAGUCUCUUUCAAGACAACGAGCUUCUUACACUCGACAAUGUUAUGGUACGUCAUAUAAGAUAAAACGAUCUAACACAGUUAAUGUCCGUCAUCAAAGGUUUUACGUAAUGUGUCCGCCCAUCUUCGUUGUUGUUUUUAAUUGUCAUAUGUAACGUUACUGUUUUUUGUUUUUUACAAAUUUUUAAACUCUGGGACCACUGUAAUUGGCUUACCGCUGUUGUGGUAUCCCUACUUAAUCAAGCGUUUAUUAUUCUUUCUUUCAGUGUAAAAUAGAAUAAAUAAAAUAAGAUGUCGCCAGAACGCUGAGAUAUAUACUCUGUGCUUGAAGUGGCCUCGUUUGGCAACAGUAAUCUUAAUAUACCUCCACCUGGGAAUGAUAAUGCGCGUGGGUUGUCUGAUACUCCCCAUACACUUUCGCUUUUGAUUUUUUUGUCCGUUUCUUUUUUUCUGCCGUGCGUGUUUAUUCUUUCAGUUCAAUGUAAGGGGUUAGCUUUAAAGAAACUGUUAUGUUGCGUGGUUCGGGAUUUUAAAUACAAUACAUAUGGACUCUUUACCUUUCUCGCUCCGACGAAGCAUCUCUUUCCCCUACGAUAGCCAAACUACCCUAUCAACUCAGCUGAGAAAACCGAAUCUUUGUAUUCCUACAGUUCUCAAUUACGAUAAUUCGGUCCUCAAUGUAUGUAUUCUUGAAGCUCCGGUUGCCAAUCCAAAUCUUCGCUUUACACCGGUUUCGCUACUUGUCAAAUUCGCUACGUUCGAGUUCUAGUCGUCUCACUGCCUAUUGGCAAAGUCCAAAACUUGCACCCUAGGAUGGGCAAGCUUAAAAAAAACGAGAAAUAUAUUAAGAUUUUUUUCUAGAGCGAUUAAGAGAAUAUUUUCAGUGGUUUACAGAAAGUAAUAUGUAGCGAAUUUGUUGCGAACUAGGACGUAGCGAAUUCGACAAGUAGCGAAACCGGUUGUUACCAAAUCUACAGUUUGGGUUCGAACCAACACACCCUUUUCGUUAGCGCGGACUUUCAAAGCCAACUAAUGUUGAAUAAUGAAUUAAAUUAAUUAAAUAAUGUAUGUGUGGUUAGUAAACGCUUUCAUCUUGUGAAUGGCAUUGUUUUCGUUAGUGUGCUGAGAAAUUAGGGAGCUUAAGCAAAGACGUUUUUGAGUUUUCAACCGGAAGUAGACAUUUUGCGAUAUUCGGAAGUGGUUCGCCUACUUUUUUGGCCAAGUCGUCUCUUUAAGAGCAAGACAAGAAAGCAUUACGAAUUUGGCCGCGUCGAGAUAUAUGGAAAGGGAAAAUGUUUCGCUUUCGGUUGACGUGCUUCGCUCAAAAACGCCUUUACUUCAACUCCCUAUUAACGAAAGCUUAAAGAAUUCCUUUUGGAAACAUGUUAUAAACAACACUGACUGGGCGCUUUAUAAGGAGCAGGGCUCGAAAAACCUUGAAUUCCAGUUUGACCUUUUGGCAAGCAGCUCUCUGUCAAGGGCCAUUGCCUAUUUAUCUUACAAGAUGACUCUUGCCCAUUGGGUAGAUAAGUUUAAACCAAAGUUAUUACUUGCCCAGCGACAAAAUUACUUGACCUGCACAACCGGACACGACUUUGAAUUCUUUACGGGACUUUUUGUGAGCCCAUGAAAUCAAGUCUUUUUUUUUCUUUAUAGGAACGUUUGGAUGGAGAGCUUUGCGGCUUUCGCGAGAACGCGUUUAAAUUUGAUGAACUUUUAGCAGACCUGAAACAGAGAUGAACAAACUUGGGGAUUUUGUGCGACGACGAGCUUUGAGCAAAGAUGGAAAAAUGUGCAAAGACGUGCAGGUAAAAGAUUUAAACAAAGUACAACGAGGAAAGAAAUAAGCAACAAGAAGUACCAGGCUAAGUUCAGCGCGGAUAUUUUACCGAUUAAGACCGAAAACAGAUUCCGGGAUAUUUUAAUGCUGUGGACAACAAAUUUUUCGGGAGAAAGCUAUUUUUAUACAAAGAGACAGUGCAAGUGCAUAUGGAUCACGGAGGAGGUAAACACACUUCAGUCGAGGAUAGAGUGUUCGUUAUUAUCUUUAUCUGCUAAUCGUUCAAAAGUUCAAAACUUGGACCUGUCAUUUUGACGCUGAGGAAAACUCUAAGAUGGAAAGAAGCAUCGUUGGAUUGUUCAAUCGGCGGCUAAGUUCAUUUUUUUUUGUGCAUGAGUCACGGAAAAUUACCUUUUAGCGAUGGUAAUGCGUUGCGUGUUCACUUAACCAACCAAAAACCGAGAGCAUUUGAGCUUUUUUCAUGCGUAAUCACUCUAAGGUCAAACGUAGCCUGCGAGCAAGCUCUCCAUUUGGGGAUAUCGUGAAAAGUACACGCGCGAGAGUCACGUGAGAGGAGACGUAAUUCCUCCGUCCCUCGCGGCCACGCCGCUAAAUCGCUCGUCCUCGCGCGUCUCUCUUCGCUCGCCCAAAUAGCAGAGCUUGUUCACAGACUAGGUCAAACGAAAGGCGCCCUAUAUUGAUAGGACAGUGAACUGGAAUUUAUUAACGUUAGUUACGUCCAUUCGUUUAUGGUUACAUUCGGUGAACGCACACGUUUUAGGCAUUUUUUUUUUCACGCACAAGCGACGUUUACCAUAGUAGACGUAAACUGUCGAAACGAUCCCCAGAAUGGUAACUUAUUUGAAUGAUACGUAACUGGCUCUAGUUCAGUUGUCUCGUGUGAACACCAACAAUGCGGUAGUCUAGCACCCAGGUGCCCUCGUUGAAACUAAUACUUAAGCUUUUUCGAGUGCUUUUUAUAGCAUAUUCUUGCGGACAACUGGAAACGAUUCGUUACGAUAACCGAUCUCGCACGGACGUGAAAAUUUGCAUGCGUUUACAAACGUUAACGUAUCGACGUUGGCUUUAUAAAGCUUUUGAACAGUUCUUUCCCUGUUCAUAGCCGGUCUGUUCUAUAAGGAAGUGCAAUCCUCAGCUUGGAGAAGCAAUUCCCUCAGACCUGCGAAAACAGCUGUUUCUCCUUUAAUAGUCGCUCCUCGCCGCUGGGGACGUUUCGCGAGGAGAAACGGCUGUUUUCGCAGGCUACAAUUCCCUGUGCUGCUUCCGAUUCUAUUAGGCUAUGUUUGCACUCUACCGGAUAGCUUUAGGGCGGGCACGAAAAUCAUACCGGAUGGGGCAACUAUUCACACACAAGAACGGUUGUGGCGGCGCGAUUACUGUGACUGAGCGAAGCUGUGCGCCGCGGCGAUCUCUAAAGUGGAGCGUCACAUAUCGGAUAGGUGUUCACACUAUACUGGACAGCUUUUAAUGCUAUCCGUAGCCGUUACGUCACUUGUGGGAGCAUAGCCUUACCCUGCGAGCAAAGGUUUCUCUUGCAUGGCUUUUAGCGUUUACGAAGUCGUUCGCGUCGCUUGUCAGUCGCGUGGU